AUGACGAAAGACUACACUUGGUGGAAAGAAGCCACUGUAUACCAGGUUUAUCCAGCUACGUUCGCCAAGGGCGUGCGCGGUGUAUACGAUGGUCCCGAUAAGACAUUUGAUGGUGCCUGUGGUGAUAUCCAGGGUGUAAUCUCUAAAUUGGACUACCUCAAAGAGUUUGUUGAUAUAAUUUGGUUGAGUCCGAUGUAUGAUUCCCCGCAGGAUGAUAUGGGGUAUGAUAUCCUGGACUAUCAGAGUAUAUACCAUAGGUAUGGCACGAUGGAGGAUAUGCAGGCGUUGAUUGACGGGUGCCAUGAGAGAGGCAUGAAGAUUAUCUGCGAUUUGGUGAUCAACCACACUUCCUCGGAACAUGCCUGGUUCAAAGAGUCUAGAUCAUCUUUGGAUAAUCCAAAGAGGGAUUGGUAUAUUUGGAAGAAACCCAAAUACGACAAAAGUGGGCAAAAGUGUCCUCCAAAUAACUGGAUGUCUUAUUUCUCUGGGUCAGCUUGGGAGUAUGAUGAACAUACAGAGGAGUACUACUUGAGGUUGUUUACUUCGACACAGCCUGAUUUGAACUGGGAGAAUGAAGAAACGAGACAGGCCAUAUACGACACGGCAUUGAAGUUUUGGUUUGAGCGUGGCGUCGAUGGAUUUAGAAUCGAUACCGCCGGUAUGUACUCUAAAGAUCAAGCGUUUCUCGAUGCCCCCAUUGUAUUCCAGGAUCAAUAUUAUCAACCUAGUGCAAUAUAUACCAACAACGGGCCCAGGAUCCACGAGUUCCACAAGGAGAUGUUUGAUCAAGUCACGUCCAAAUACGAUGCCAUGACAGUGGGCGAGGUUGGCCACUGUAGCAAAGAGGAGGCGUUGAAAUAUGUGAGUGCGUCGGAGAAUGAAAUGAAUAUGAUGUUUUUGUUUGAUGUCGUUGAUGUCGGCUCGGAUCAAGGCGACAGGUUCAGAUACAAGGGGUUUGAUUUGAUGGAUUUCAAACAGGCGGUGCAGAACCAGUGUCUGUUUAUUGAAGCCACCGAUGCUUGGUCAACUGUUUUCAUUGAGAAUCACGACCAGCCAAGGUCCAUCACACGUUUUGGUGAUAGAGAUAAGAAAUUCCAGACAAAGAGUGGCAAGUUGUUGGCUAUGUUGCAAACGACACUCACUGGUACCUUGUUUAUCUACCAAGGUCAAGAAAUUGGAAUGACCAACUUGCCGCGAGAAUGGCCAAUUGAAGAGUACAAGGACAUCAAUACCAUCAACUACUAUAAAGCUUUUGAGGAGAAAUACGGCAAGGACAAGGAUUUCCCUGAAAAGAGAGAAAAGCUCAUGGACGUUAUCAACCUUGUCGCUAGAGACCACGCGAGGUCGCCAAUGCAAUGGGACUCGAGUGAUUUUGGCGGGUUUUCAGACCUCGAACCGUGGACUAGGGUCAAUACCAACUACAAGGAAGUCAACGUCGCUAGUCAAUUAGACGAUGUUGACUCGUUGUUGAAUUUUUGGAAAAAAUCAUUGAGGUUGAGAAAAGAAAAUAAAGAUCUUUUGGUUUAUGGGAAUUUUAAAAUCUUGGAUUUCGAUAAUGACAAAACUUUCACAUAUGUCAAGCUGGUGCCGUAUGCAGAGUCUCCCGCAGCAUACAUUGUUCUUAAUUUCUCGAAUCAAGACGUUCCAUUCAAGAAGUUGACUGAUGGCUCUUUCAAAUUGAUCAAUUGCAAUGCUGCUGACUCUGAGUUUGUUGAAGAGAGAAUGUCUCCUUUCGAAGGACGUGUUUAUUUAGUUGAGUAG